UAGAAUUUUCAAGUUACUUGUGCUUCUUUAUUCAAUUAAUGAUAUAUCGAAUGCUACACUAAUAAUAAUUUUUGCUUGGCAGAAGAAUUCAUUGAAGAACAUAUCUUGCAAUCUUUAAUUAGAAAUACUUUUGGUUUCAAACAUGUUCUUCCUCAAACAAGCAGUCAUCGUGUCAGUUCUAGCUUUUUGUUGCUUGGGGACUCAGAGAUUUGUCGCUGCUUUAUUGCCUCAGCAUGAGGUGGAUGCUCUAAAUCAAAUUACCAAAAAAAUGGGAGCUCAAGACUGGAAUUUCAAUGCUGAUCAUUGUGGAGACAUUAUUCCACCAAUUCUACAAACAGAUGCUGAGAGGAACAUAUCUUGCAACUGCAAAUUUGCAAACGACACCUGCCACAUUACAGGCCUGGUAAUCAAGCGUUACAGCCUUCCAGGACAGCUUCCGCCUGAACUCAUCCAGCUCCCUUAUCUCGAGACCAUUGAUUUUGCUUACAACUACCUGAAUGGUUCUAUUCCAAGUGAAUGGGCUUCACUCAAACUGAAAUCCAUUUCUCUUCUUGCAAACCGGUUAUCAGGGAAUAUACCAAGAUAUUUGGGGAAUUUUAACAGUCUGACAUACUUGAACCUUGAAUUAAACCAAUUUUCAGGAACUGUCCCUCGGGAGCUUGGAAAGUUAGUUAAGUUGGAAUAUUUGAUUCUAUCUUCCAACAAGUUGAGUGGAAAUUUGCCUGUGGAACUUGCUGAACUGAAGAACUUGACUGAUUUUCGGAUAAAUGACAACAAUUUCAAUGGAAGCAUACCGGAUAUUAUACAAAACUGGAAGCAACUCAAGAGACUGGAAAUGCGAGCUAGUGGACUGGAAGGACCAAUUCCAUCAUCCAUUUCUGUUUUGGAGAAGUUGACAGACUUGAGGAUUAGUGACAUACAUACCACAAAUCAAAAUUUUCCUGACCUGAGCAACAUAAAAGGCCUCGUAUGGCUGGUUUUAAGAAGUUGCAAUAUAUCAGGAGAAAUCCCUUCAUACAUCUGGCAACCAAGUCCACUGCAACUUUUGGACCUCAGCUUUAAUAAGUUACAUGGGAAGCUUCCUGAUGCCAUAACCUCGGAGACUUUGUUACUUAUAUUCCUAAGUGGCAAUUUUCUGAGUGGAAAUAUACCAUUUUUGAGGAAAGGAAAAAUUGUAGAUCUUUCCUACAAUAACUUCACAAGGCAAAGUCCUGAGCAGCCUGCUUGCAAUCAGAAAUAUCCAAGUCUGAAUUUGUUCAGAAGUUCUUCAAUGGGAAAUGACAUAGGAGGAGCUUGUGCAAACAAUUUCAGUUGUGAUCAAUAUUGGCAUUCUUUGUACAUUAAUUGUGGUGGAGAAAAGGUGAAUGUAAAUGGAAAGACAUAUGAAGGAGAUGUAGCAGGUGGUGGUGCUGCACUGUUUUAUCCAAGUAAUGAUGACUGGGGAAUUAGCAGCACUGGAGACUUCAUGGAUGACGGUGAUUUCCAAAACAAUGCUUAUGUUGAAAAUUCUUCAUCACUAAACAUUGAUGAAUUGUACCGUACAGCACGCCUUUCACCUCUUUCACUCACUUAUUAUCGUCAGUGUCUAUUGAAUGGGAAUUAUACUGUGAGUCUACACUUUGCGGAGAUCCAGUUCACAAAUGACAGCACAUAUAAAAGCCUCGGAAGGCGCAUAUUUGAUAUUUAUAUUCAGAAUGAAAGAGUGCAGAAGGAUUUCAAUAUUGAAGAUAAAGCUAAUGGCGUUAAUAAACCAGUCAUAGAAAAGUAUAAUGCUACAGUAACAAAUAACAUCUUGGAGAUCCGCUUCUUUUGGGCUGGCAAAGGUACUACAAGAAUUUCUGUUAGAGGAGUCUAUGGGCCCCUUAUAUCAGCUAUUUCUGUAGAUCCUAACUUUGAACCCCCUUCAGAUGGAAGGAAGACAAAAAUUGCACCAAUUGUUGUUGGAGUUGUAGGUUCAUGUCUCAUUCUAUUAGCAUUGAGUAUCAUUGUGUGGAGGUGCUAUUUCAGAGCAAAGAAUGAGACACAAAAAGAUUUUGAAGGACUCAAAAGUCAAACUAUUUCUUUUACCCUAAAGCAAAUUAGAGCUGCCACUAACAAUUUUGAUCCUGCCAACAAAAUUGGAGAAGGUGGAUUUGGACCGGUCUACAAGGGUUUGCUAUCUGAUGGCACAGUAGUUGCUGUGAAACAGCUUUCAUCUAAGUCAAGUCAGGGAAAUCGUGAAUUUUUGAAUGAGAUAGGCAUGAUUUCAUGUUUGCAACACCCAAAUCUUGUCAAACUUCAUGGUUGCUGCAUUGAAGGAAAUCAACUACUGCUAGUAUAUGAAUACCUGGAAAAUAAUAGCCUUGCUCGUGCUUUGUUUGGCCCUGAACACUGCCAAAUAAAACUGGACUGGCAAACGAGGCAGAGUAUCUGUGUUGGGAUAGCUAGAGGAUUAGCUUUUCUGCAUGAAGAGUCGAGGCUCAAAAUUGUUCAUAGGGACAUCAAAGCUACCAAUGUUCUCCUUGAUAAGCAUCUAAACCCUAAAAUAUCUGACUUUGGGUUGGCUAAACUUGAUUCAGAGGAAAAAACCCACAUCAGCACCAGGAUUGCUGGAACAAUGGGAUAUAUGGCACCAGAAUAUGCAUUAUGGGGUUAUUUGACCCACAAAGCUGAUGUUUACAGUUUUGGAAUUGUGGCAUUGGAACUUGUUAGUGGGAAACACAAUAUGAAUUAUGGGCCAGAGAACAAAUUUGCUUGCCUUCUAGACUGGGCUUGCUACUUGCAGCAAAAUGGAAACCUGAUGGAGCUUGUGGAUGAGAAACGUGGAUCUGAUUUCAAGGAGGUAGAAGCAGAAAGGAUGAUUAAAACUGCUCUCUCAUGCACAAAUGCUUCAUCUUCACUAAGACCAACAAUGUCUGAAGUGUUGUGCAUGCUAGAGGGAACUAGAAGUAUACCUGAUAUAAUCCCUGAAGCAAGUAGCUAUAAUGAAGACUUGAGGUUUAAAGCCAUAAGAGAGCAUAAAAUACAAACAAGAAGUCAGAGUGCAAGAGGAAAAGACUAUAAUUCAACAUGAGUUGGGUCUGAGCAUGAUUCUUCAGCUGCUUUUGCCAGUGAUUUAUAUGAAAUCAAUGAAGAGUCAUAUAUGAGUUCUAAGGCAAGGAAAGAACAUCAUAAACAGAUGGAAAACGAGCUUUCAACUUCAUUUUCCAUCACAGCCUCUUCCUCAACUUCUGCUCAUGAUCUUGAUGAUUUCAAUGCAAAAUCCCAAUGAGGUAGCUUUGAAAAGAGUGACUUUCCCUUAGCUUUAUUAUAGGAUCACUCAACUUCAUAUAUAAACAAGAAUCUGAUUUGUAUAAAAAAUUCUAUACUGAAAUACAUUAAUUACAUAAUAAAAUUUUGUACUUAUUUUGCUGAUUGA